UAAUAUUAGGCUCCACGGUAUGGAGGAUCGUCCCCCAUCGUCCCCCUUCGUCGCCGAUCGUCCAGGCAUUUCGCCCCCCUCGUCGCCGAACCUCUAGCGUCCUCCUCGUCGACUUGUGGACGUUGAGGACGAUCCACUACAAGACAAAACACACUCAAUAAACCCCAAAUCCAAAUCAAACCCUUCUCCUUCUCCGAUCUGGUUCAUUCUCCGAUCGUGUCGGUUGAGACCAGCGUCAUUGUUUAAAUCGAACUGUUGAAAGAUCCUCUUCACCUUCUCCGAUCUGGUUCCUCUGGUAGCUAUUUGGUUGUAGUUCUGUGAUUUUGGGUUUGUGGGUGUUGAUAAAGAGCUCCGGCGACAUUACGCCCACUGUUGAUUAUUCCGGUGACAUUUCUUCUUAUCCGCUGUUUUUUGCUCAGGUAUAUUGGUUUUAAGUUUAGUUACUUUUUGAAUGUUUAUGGUUAAAGUAUUAUGAUCAGAUCUGCCACUUUAAAGCUAAAAAUAGAUGUUGAAUUGGGUGGUUUGAUUUAUUGUUUGAUGUGUGAUUUAAGUAUGUUUGUGUUUGUGUUAAUGUUUGAUGUUGGUUUUGGAGGUUAAUUUGUGUUGUUGUUUGGUAAUUGAAAGUGAAUGUGUGAUCGGAUGAACCGCAUUUUGUGGUUGUUGAUUAAGAACCAAAAUUGGGGCUUUUUGUGAUGGUUGAUCAGAUGCAAAGCAUCAAUCUUGUUGUUGAUUUGUGGGGUAGGAUAAAUUAAAAAGUAGAUAAAUUAAAAGUGGAGAUGAUUUGGAAGCUAAACUGGCUUCCAAACUAACAAUUGAAAGUGGUAAGGUUGGUGUUAGUUUGGAUGAGGAAAAAAAGAUCGGUGAGAAGAACAGCUCGGUUUCGGAUAAAGCGAGUGAUGGGAACAGCAGCCUCGGGAAGACAAGCGGGAGCGCGCGUGUCGAUUUUGUGGAGAGUGGGAAGAGUAGUAUGUGUAGAGGAAGUACAAGCAGCAAUGUAAGUGAUGAAAGAAGCUGUAGUAGUUUCAGUAGCAGUAUCAACAGGUUGGACCACCCGUUUCUUCCAACAUUAUACACUCAUUUUGAGACCGAUAAGUUUCUUCCAAUCGUUGGACCACCAGUUAACGUCACCAACUUCGUUUCAGUGAGGCUUGCAGGUCGCAGCAACUAUCGUAUCUGGAAGGCUCAGAUGUUUUGCCUCAUAAAAAGUCAGGUGUUGCUUCAUAUCAUUGAUGCUGAAAAUCCUUUUCCAGAGGAUAACAUGAUUGUCCAAUAUGACGAACUUGUCAAAGGUUGGAUCUUUGGUACUAUGAGCGACCAUGUAAAUAAUUUUGUAGGUCAACCAAUACGCGAUUCUGAAGUGUCCUUGAAGCCUGAACAUUUUGAGGGUUUGCGUUUUGAUUUUACCAAGGGUCUCAAUAAAAAAUUCUCACUAAGUCACAGGUAACUUGCUAGUUUUUGUUUUAGAGAGUUAAUAUUUUUUCUUUAGUUUAAUGAUUAUGUGUGUUUAUUGUGUCAUUUGGAACAACGCUCAAAACGAACCCGACCACGACAUGGAAGACGAAGACUAGUAGCUUAU